GAGCUUACAUGUUAUUAUAUAAAUUGUGUGUGUAUCCAAGAAUGAUAUGGAUACCGCGAAAGUGCUGCAGUUUUUUGCCAGUGUUUCGAUUAUGGUGAAUGCUAAUGCUCAGUUUAUUGGAGCACUACCACCAACUCCAGCUCAGUUUAAAGCACCGACCGCAAUUUGCUCAGUACCACCGUCCGGCUCGAAUAGACGAUAUUUGCCAAUAAAGAAUAGUUAUUCAUCCGGUGAUGUUAUCGGCGUCAUAUGCCUCAACGGCUUUAACAUGAAGCGGUCCACUUGUAACAGCGGUCGAUGGGUGCCAGAAAUUCAAACGUGUUCACCCGUUCAACAAACUGCUUUUGGAGUACCGCCAUCUCUUACAGGAUUAGGACUUGUUGGUGGGAUUACCCAAUCACGUGAGUAUUAUUAUGAGUAUUGUGAAUAG